AAAAUGCUAACCCGAGUGCAACGCGAACUAUCAUCGGUACACCCAUUAUCGCUAUACCGUAAACAGCGGCGAUCGAGUAGUACAGCGCCGGGCAGUGCUGGUCGGCGGCAGUCGGUAACGGUUAGCGGUGUCAACGGUCACGCAAACGGUCCGGUCAACUGUGCGCCACCGGCGGGUCAGGCCUUAGUGGCCAACUGCAGCACAAGUACUACUACUAGUAGUACCGCGACUACAGUCGUGGCAAAUGACAACUCGGUUGGCGCCAAACGGCUAAAGAAAAUACUGUCCGAAGUGAAAGAGCGCCGAGAGAUAAGGGAGCGUAAAAAGUCGGACCUACAGGACAUGGAUGGCUCCGAUCCCGAUAUUACCGUGUAUUUUACUGAUCCAGAAUUCACCAAGACCAUUAACUAUCAGGAAAAACUCAAGGUGUAUAAUUUUUUGAACAACCCGCAGAGUUUUUGGGCCAGAAGUUAUCACAUAUUGGUGUUUAUGUUUGUGUUCGCCGGUCUCAUUGUUACCGUGUUCUCCAACAUAGGCAAAUUUGCGUCCAGCGCAUGGAAAUUCAUCUACCUAUUCGAAAAAUUCAUAAUCAUCUGGUUCAGUUUCGAGUUCAUACUACGACUAUGGUCAUCAUCGUGCAAGCAGCAAUACGAGGGUUGGCGUGGUAAAAUCAGGUACCUGUCGGUGCCGGCACACGUACUGGACCUGAUAAUCAUAUGCUCAUCCAUACUAAUCGUUAUACCCAUACAUACGCGCAACGGGUCGGAGGUGUUUGCGGUGUCGGCUUUCCGGGGGUUUCACCGCUUUUUCUCAGUCCUACAGAUCGUUACGCUUAACCGCCAAUUGAAACCCUGGAAAGUGCUGUCGUCGGUGAUCUACGACCAGAGGGAACAGUUGUUUAUUAUAUUCUACAUAGAGUUUAUUGUGUUGUGUAUAUUGGCCUACAUUUCCUACAUUGUGGAAAAGGAUGAUAACGAACAGUUUGAUAAUAUCGCCGAGGCUAUGUGGUGGUCGGUGGUAACAUUGUCAACGGUAGGCUAUGGGGAUCGAAUACCGGUAACCUGGUUGGGCAAACUAGUAUCUAGCGUGUUUACUGUGUUAGGUGUGGCCAUAUUCGCACUGCCGGCGGGUAUUAUCGGCGCCGGAUUGGCCCUUAAGAUCGAGGAGGAGGAGCGUAAUCGGCAACGGCGCAAGAAAAAAGUCGCCGCGGCCACCUUGAUACAAUGCGCGUGGCGAUUAAGCAAGGCCAAUGUUAACAUUAUUGAGAGUUAUAAAUAUGGUCAAUUGGAUGUGAUGAGCAAGGUCGGCCAUAUGCAGACCACCAUCGAUACAAUCGGCACUCGUGUGGGUCUGAACGAGAACUCAAUACAGAGCUCACAAUCGGUACUCAACCAGAAGAUCGAUAGUAUCGAUGCAUUGAUAACAGAAAUACAGCAUAAACUGGACCAACAAAUGGCAAUCAUUGCCCGCCUGUGCGGACACAUCCGGUGUUUGAUCACCGGUUCGUCGACUGUAUCGAUGAGAUCGCACGCAAUGGCAUACAAGCGGUCAAUACGUGUCGUGACUGUAAACGGGGGUCGCAGUAAAGGGUCAGUGAUUUAUUACCUGUUCGUCGACUGUAUCGAUGAGAUCGCACGCAAUGGCAUACAAGCGGUCAAUACAUAUUGUGAUUGUAAACAUGGGUCUGAGUGGCAAACAGUGGCAUAG